AUGCCAGCUACAUUAUCAAAUAAACCAGCAGUUAUGAAAAGAAAACCCAUGAAAGAAAUUUUGAACCUAGCGGAACCGUCAACAUCAACAGAUCAUUACUCUGAAUGCUCGGUACAUCAAUUACAUACAAAAAUGGAAGGAAAUACAUCUCACAAAGAAAAUCUUGAUCCGGUUACUGCGAUGCAAGCACCUGUGAUAUCAACAAAUCCUGUAGUUAUAAAGAAAAGGGCUGAAAUGGUUUUAGGUCAUUACUCUGAACGUUCGGUACAUCGAUUAUACACAAAAAUGGAAGGAAAUACUUCUCACAAAGAAAAUCUUGAUCCAGUUACUCCAAUGCAAGAUCCUGUGAUAUCAACUAAUCCUGUAGUUAUAAAGAAAAGGGCUGAAACGUUUUUAGGAGGAGCAUUGGCAGACAAGAAAAAGACAAAGG